GGUCUCUACGUUUUCUCAUCCGGCCGGCUUGCUUUCCCCGGCGGUCGUCCAGACUAUUGGGCGCUAGCGAGAGGAACUAUUGGUACGGGGCUAGAGAGGAAGGCUGUGGGGUUGCCGGGGAGCAGCGAGCGACCGACUUCCGUUUCCGGUUAGCAAGGCACGAGGAUCCGGUGUUCCAACCCGGGGGAAAAAUGCGGCCUUUGACUGAAGAGGAGACCCGUGUCAUGUUUGAGAAGAUCGCGAAAUACAUUGGGGAGAAUCUUCAGCUGCUGGUGGACCGGCCCGAUGGCACCUACUGUUUCCGUCUGCACAACGAUCGGGUGUACUAUGUGAGUGAGAAGAUUAUGAAGCUGGCCGCCAAUAUUUCCGGGGACAAGCUGGUGUCGCUGGGGACCUGCUUUGGAAAAUUCACUAAAACCCACAAGUUUCGGUUGCACGUCACAGCUCUGGAUUACCUUGCACCUUAUGCCAAGUAUAAAGUUUGGAUAAAGCCUGGUGCAGAGCAGUCCUUCCUGUAUGGGAACCAUGUGUUGAAAUCUGGUCUGGGUCGAAUCACUGAAAGUACUUCUCAGUACCAGGGCGUGGUGGUGUACUCCAUGGCAGACAUCCCUUUGGGUUUUGGGGUGGCAGCAAAAUCUACACAAGACUGCAGAAAAGUAGACCCCAUGGCGAUUGUGGUAUUUCAUCAAGCAGACAUUGGGGAAUAUGUGCGGCAUGAAGAGACGUUGACUUAAAACGAAGUCAUUGCAAGGACAGACGGCUGUGUGGAAGGGCCGAGCUUUGUUUCCUGUGUUUGUGUGGACUCCACCAUCAUGUUGAAGUUUGUCAACACUCUGACCUCUUCAGGGACUUAUUUACUGUACUCUCGAUCACUGACAAAUGCAGGCUGGAUUCUUAUUAUAUACAGAGAUGGCUCAAAAAUGGGGUUUCAGAUCUUUGUGACGAAAUAGAAUACUCUUGUUUCAUAUUUGAAUCAGAGGGCUUCUUGUUCUGAGAAAUAGGUUCAAAAUCAUUGGAACUAGGAACAAGAAUAGCUUAUUGUUAUCUGUGAUAACACUUUGUUUUCUAAACACAAGGAUUUUUUUUAUUAAUAUGCAACAUAGACAUUGCCAUAACAGAAUAAUAAACCACAUGUGGGGUUUUAAAAAUGAAAUUUGGCUAAUAAGAGCAAUUCAGCUAUUUUUCUAUACAGUAAUUAGUGUGUGGUAUGGAAGAAAAACGGGUUCAAACCCCACUUCUGCCACCUACCAGCUAUAUGGCCUUGAAUGAGUCAUUCAGCUUUAAUAAGGUUCAUUUUCUUCUGCUUAAAAAGACACGAAACUUAAAAAACAGCUUUGGCCAUCUACCUGAGAAUUCGAAAUUCUGAUUUUUGGAAUUAGAAAUCAUGACUGUAGGCUGGGCACAGUGGCUCACGCCUGUAAUCCCAGCACUUUGGGAGGCCAAGGUAGACGGAUCACUUGAGGUUGGGAGUUAGACCAGCCUGGCCAACGUAGUGAAACCCCAUCUCUACAAAAAAAAAAAAAAAAAAAAAAAAAUUAGCCGUGUGGUGGCACAUGGCUGUGUUCCUAGUUACUUGGGAGGCUGAGGCAGGAGAAUGGCUUGAACUGGGGAAGCAGAGGUUGCAGUGAGCUGAGAUCGUGCCAUUGCACUCCAGCCUGGGCACAACAGAGUGAGACUCCGUCUGAUUGUAAAGCAUCUAGUACAGUGUACAGUGCCUUGGAAAUGAUAAAUAUGGAAUAAAUGGUAAGAAUUAUUUUUAUAUUAUAUAAUGUAUUCCUGUUAUUAAGUGUAGAGUUUUAUGAGUAUAAUUUGAUUAUAUUACUUUCUUUUUUACACGCUGUUUUCUCAGUAUUUUUCUUGGAUGGGAUGAUCCUAGGCUGGAAAGUUUUUUUCAUCACUAUGAUUUUAUAAAACAUAAUUUUUUCUAUGAACCUUUACUUUACUUACUUGACUGGAUUGGACUAAAAGCACUGAUCAGAGACCGCAACAUAAAAAUUCAGUUCCUGGCCGGGCGCGGUGGCUCACGCCUGUAAUCCCAGCACUUUGGGAGGCCGAGGCGGGCAGAUCACGAGGUCAGGAGAUCGAGACCAUCCUGGCUAACACGGUGAAACCCCGUCUCUACUAAAAAUACAAAAAAAUUAGCCGGGCGAGGUGGCAGGCGCCUGUAGUCCCAGCUACGUGGGAGGCUGAGGCAGGAGAAUGGUGUGAACCCUGGGGGGCGGAGCCUGCAGUGAGCCGAGAUCGCGCCACUGCACUCCAGCCUGGGUGAAAGAGCGAGACUCCGUCUCAAAAAAAAAAAAAAAAAUUCAGUUCCUCUGUCCUUCCCCAUGCCUCCCAAAGUUAUUUUAAGAUCCUUAGAAUAUUUCUUUAAUAUUUUAUAGACAAAAAAUUUAAAGACUACCUGUAUUGCAAAAUUAAACUAUUUCUUUAAUGAAUAUAUUGCUUAUUUUAAGUUCCAAAGGUGAAGUCUUUAAGAAUAAAACAUUACCAACUCCUGCUUUUAUAUGUAAGCAAA